AUCUGAGUUGCAGCCCCUUGGACAUCACUCUUGAGGUACGAGUACAGCCAUAGCUAAUUAAACCUUCUGGUCCUUGCGCUAUUUUGCCACCCAACUGUGUUUGCUAGUGUUCCCCUACAGCUGCCACACCAGCAUGAGCUCCGAUAAAUGCUCCGACCCAUGCAAGCCUCAGGCUUGCCUUAUCCAAGAUUGUUUGAAGGCUAACAACUACAACGAAUCCAAGUGCACAGCCUUGAUUGAUCUGUUGUACUUGUGCUGCAAAUCCUUUUACGAAGCAAACGGUCCAACGGCCCUGACCGUGUGCUGUCCCAAGUUGAAUCUUUUGACGUUGAAGUUGAGACAGAGGGAGCUAGGAAAAGUCGAUGCCGAGUUACUUGAAAACCAUCAUUAGAGAUCUAAUGUCCCUUGUAUAUACAUUAAUGAAACGCAUGUUACGAUAAUCCUGCUAGGAGCAAUGUCC